AUGUACUUCUUCCUCUCCAACUUGUCCUUCACUGACAUCUGUAUAAGUUCCACCACAAUCCCUAAGAUGCUGGUGAACAUCCAAACAAAAAGUCAGAGUAUCUCUUACACAAGCUGCUUCACUCAUAUUACUCUUGUUGUAAUUUUUGUAAACCUGGAAAAUUUCCUCCUUGCAGUGAUGGCCUAUGACCGCUAUGUGGCCAUUUGUCAUCCACUGAGGUACAUGGACAUCAUGAGUCCCCGCCUCUUUGCCCUGCUUGUUCUGCUUUCCUUGUUGGUUAGCAUUGGGGAUGGCCAGAUCCAUACUCUGAGGGCACUGCAGCUGUCCUUCUGCACAGACCUGGAAAUCCCGCACUUUUUCUGUGAACUUGCUCAGGUCAUCAAGAUCGCCUGUUCUGAUACUGUCAUUGAUAACAUCCUGAUCUAUGUUUCAAUUUGCAUAGUUGGUGGUAUUACUCUUGGUGGAAUCAUUUUCUCUUAUAUCCGCAUUGUGUCCUCUGUUUCAGGAAUGCCAUCAAGGGGCAAAGUAUAA